AUGGCCUAUGGAAGCACAUCCAAUCUCAAGAUGGAUGCCAGCCGACCUCUCAAGAUUUGCCUCUUUGGAAUAACAGGAUGUGGAAAGUCAACCCUGGGGAACGUCCUCCUCGGCUAUGGCCCCGAUGGCGACACGCAAGGAUUCCGUACGAGCAAUUCCCCUACCGGCCCAGACUCUGACGUCGUGGUUAUGGACGGCAAUUUGUUUGGAGACGUAAACAGACGCGUUUGCAUCAUCGAUACGCCGGGAUGUGGCAAGGAAGAAGCCGAGGACAAGAGGAGUAACUUGUUUUAG